AAACUGAUUUAUAGAUAAAUUAUUUUUUAACUAUGGCAAGUUACCGGUUUUUUAAAAACAUGUCGGAAAGUGGUUGUGCUUUGUGAAUUUCUGAAAAAAACUGCAAACUUACUAGCAAUAUUACAUCAAAUAAUAGUAAAUUUUGCUAGUGAGGGUGAUGUACAAAUGGACGAAAUGUGGUAGAAGAGGAUCGAAGCUCUGAGAUAUUUUACGAAAACAACAAAUAUCAAGUUUUGAUUUUACUAAGUUCUUCGGAGCAUCUAACACGGAGUUUCAUUUAUCAUAACACAAAUUGUACAUAUUCUGGAUGUCUUCCUUAGUCCAAUCUGUUGAUUGCAUAUUGGGAUACUUGUUUAGAAUCGCAACUUGGUGAUCUAAAAAAAAUUGUUUAGAAUCGGAUAACGCCAGCCCACAAGAUGGCCGACUGUUAUUCGUAAGAUAAUGUCCGGUGCGUCUAGUUCAGGGAGCGGCACGGGACGAGGCAGAGGCGGAAACGUAGAAAACAAACCAGAUACAAAAGAAAACAAACCAAAUCCAAAAAUGUCUAAAGCACUUGGGACGUCAGCUAAACGCAUCCAAAAGGAGCUUGCGGAAAUCACAUUGGAUCCUCCCCCAAAUUGCAGCGCAGGACCAAAGGGAGAUAACCUCUAUGAAUGGGUGUCUACGAUACUUGGCCCACCCGGCUCAGUGUAUGAGGGUGGAGUAUUCUUCUUAGACAUACACUUUUCACCAGAAUACCCUUUCAAACCUCCUAAGGUAACAUUCCGAACUAGAAUAUACCACUGUAAUAUCAACAGCCAGGGUGUGAUAUGUCUGGAUAUACUUAAAGACAACUGGUCACCCGCACUGACCAUCUCAAAGGUCUUACUGUCCAUAUGCUCACUCUUGACUGAUUGUAAUCCAGCUGACCCAUUAGUGGGUAGCAUCGCAACACAGUAUCUCCAAAACAGGGAAGAGCACGAUCGCAUCGCGCGCCUCUGGACCAAGCGCUAUGCGACAUGAUUGCCCUGCGCCCCACCAAUGUCAUACUCAACACCAUUCUGUUUCCAAUCCAUCCCGUUCACGUUAAUGUAAGCUAACACUUGUAUACUCCGGCUGAAUCUAUGCACUUUUGACUAUGUUCAUAGCUCAUACACAAGGAACAUGUUGCAUAGGCAGGUGUUACUUUAUGGAAGUCCAUGAUACACAAGCUCUAUACACAUGGACCAAGCUUCAUUCUCUAUAAUUCACCAAAAUAGAUACAAUAGUAUAGUACAAUAUGUAGCUUGAAUUUGGUUGAAAUCUACAGCUUUUUUUUGUUUUUGCUUAGACUUAAGUUUCAGUUAAAAUGAGACAAAUCUAUGCCAAUGGUAUAACGCUGUCUCGUUUUAACAAUGUCUUAAGUCUGACCAAAGUCAAUGUGCCUAAGUGUUAAUAAAUAAAUUGAGUUUACAAAUAUUAUUGACAAGUUCCUAAAAUUUUCAAUAUUUUUUGAGUUAGCAUAUAAAUUACAAUUAUUUGGGCUUUUUAGUGCUAAGAUUAUAACAUUUUUGUUUAUUGAGUAUGAAAAAUUUCUUUACGAUAUUAAAAUUUAGAAAAAUUAGGAGUAUUUUUUGAGUUUCUUCCCACUUUACAAUACAUGUAUGUUACAGUCCAAAACUAAAAUGCCGGCACAUCGCGUUUGGCCUAGGCGAACCCCGGCAGUGUCCUUUAUGCUUAGUCCAAAAGUCCAAAACCAAACCUAAAGAGCUCUCAGGUCAAUCUAUGAGUGCCUAAAUUCCUUCAAACAAUUCAGUUUGUACUAGGCAAUGGUGCAUUAAGUAAUACUAACGUUAACUUGAAUAUUGCUUAAACUUUGAAUAGGACAGUAUCUUUUGUUUUAUUCAUUAAACAACCGUUUAGUAUGUAUGUUUAAUUACAAACAUGAUGAUGAAAAUUUUUGUUUGUUUCUAAGGGCCUGUUUCACAACAGCCAGAUAAACUUUAUGUAACAGAUUUUGCUAGUUAAAUAAAGUUUAUCUGGAAGUUGGAAAACAGGCCCUUUGUUCUACAAUUUAACAUGUUCAUGUAUUUUAUACUUUUCUGUUUUACUACUAAAUACACAGUUUCUGUCAAUAGUAAAAAGACUACCAUUUGAAUUGUAGUCAAAAGUGCAUACUUUUCACCAGGCUUGUCGAUAUUUAGUUGCAAUUAAUGUGAAUUUCUUUAAUGCUUGAAGAACAACUAUUAUAAUUUUUAGGCCAUGUUUUUUUAGUUAUAAAUUUUUCUGUUGAUGUUUCUCGCCAUAUUAUAGAAACGCGGCGAUAGGUUAUUGUAAGGCGGGUCCAAACCCUAUGAUUUAACAUGUUAUAAGGUUAUAUAACAGAUUGGAGAAGAUAGCUAGUUGUAGUCAUGUUAUAUAACAUUGUUAUAUUGCACUGCCAUUGAAAUCUGGCUUGACUGUUCUGUCACAAUGGUAUAUAACAAUGUCAAACUGUGUAUGAGUUAUGCAACAAAAGAUUUAUAACAUGUUACUUAACGUGGACUCGCCCAAAUAUUAAACAUUUAUCAACGUAGGCUAAAAGUGAUUGAGUCAAUUUUUUUCCACAAUAAUACUUAAAAUUGUUGUGUUGAUCUCAAACACUUAAAUGUGCUGGUACUAACUUUGAGGUGUUCCUAAAUAAACUAAAUUUAAGUUCAGUACAUCUUUUCUUUCUAAUUUAGU